AGCCGACAGGCAAAAAGAUAUUCUUUCCCUCCAUCUCCUCGACCAAUCGCGUCACAGGGUCGGUAUUCGAUUUGAAAAUGAAAGAGAAAAGGCCGGGGUGGUACACCACCUCGGCGAAAAGGGAGAAGCAAACUAAUUCCUACGUGUAAUUCAGAGGCCAGCACCGUUGGAAACUCGGCCUGUGGCCAGUUCCUGCGGCCACUGCUCGUGACUCGUACCGUGUGUGUGCGCCUGUGUGUUUUGUGUGAUGUGCGUCUCCGGUGUGGCGGCAGCUACUCCUGCGCUGCCGCUCCAGGUCCCACCCCGAGUUCGACCCUCCUUUCUGGUACCCAUCUCCCUUCUCCUCGGAAGCAGGGCCUCCUCUGGGGCCAGCAGUAACCAACAGUGGCCGGCUCUCCCCCGGCAAGGAGGCGAUGUGGGCCAAGAUCCCAGCGGGCCGCGCCGGGCGUGCCCGGGUCUCGUCUGGGCCCAGCACCUGGCCGGGUGAGCGCCAAAUCCGCCCAUUCUCGUCCCCGUCCUACUCCCCCCACCCCGGGGAGCUCAAAGAAAUGCCCAGAGCAUCCCACGCAGCCCGCGACACUGGGGUUGUGUUCACCUCCGGCGGCUCCAGCUCGCUGCGGCUUCUCAGGCUUCUCGUCUCCCGCCUUCCCGUCCGCCAUUUUCCCCGCCGCGGCCUCCCCUGCAGCCACGCCAAGGACGUCAUGGCCCCGCCCAGCAACCAUUGAGUUUCAGAGACCGCCUGCGAGGCAACAGCCUAGAGCGGCCCUGGAAAUGAAAAAGAUGCCAUUUUGGAGACGGAAGUGAAUGUGACAUCAUCUACGAGCCGCCUCUGAAGGAACGGAGGUGGGGUAGGUUAUGCUGUGUCUGUGGAGUUCUGGUUAGGGACUUGACUAGAGGUUGCUUAGGUUUUUAUGUCCCUGAGGAGGUAUGGGAGCACCACUCCGGAAACAUUGGUGGAGUUUUGUAAGGUUUUUGCAAACUAGGGUGUGGCUACAUCUGAAGCAAUCAGGCUCUAUUCAUUAGAUCGCAGUGCUGGACCACCUGUGCUUUCUUUUAAAAAAAAUAAAGGAGGGCCAUGGGGAAUUCCUGCCUGGCUCAGAAGAACCUGCGACUCUUGAUCUCCGAGUUUUGAGUUUGAGCACCAAGUUGUGAUGCCUGUAUUUUUGAAUGAGGAAAAAUGAAGUUCAGAGAGGUCCCAUACAGCUGUCUAGAAGCAGAUCCAGUUCCGUAUAUCACCUGUAGAAGCCUGAGGGGUCUUGAGGUGACAGCGCCUGCAACUGUGACUCCAGGAGGAGGAGAAGAUGGACAAGGGGAAGGCCGGGCGACGUCGAUCUUCAUCUGAAAUUGUCACAGAAGGAAAAAGGAAAAAGUCUUCAUCUUCUGAGUUACAUAAGAUAACAAAGAUGUUAAAUGCAAAAUCAGAGGAUGUUCGUGUUCAGUCACCACUGUCCAAACUCAGAAGUUCAGAAUGCUGGGAUCUCCCUUUGCAGGGGUGGAAAAGAAGCCUGAGAAAUAAGGUCCUCUCUCUAGACCAUAAAAGUAGAAAAAGUGUUUGUCGGCAUCCUGUCACCUCUAAGACAUCACCAGAAAGGCAACUCAAAGUUGUGUUGACGAAUGUCCUAUGGACGGAUUUAGGACGAAAAUUCAGAAAGACCCUACCUAGAAACGAUGCUAAUUUAUGUGAUGCCAACAAGGUGCAAUCAGACUCAUUGCCUUCGACAUCUGUUGACAGCCUAGAGACAUGUCAAAAAUUAGAACCUCUUCACCAAAGCCUUAAUUUAUCUAAAAGGAUACCCAGAGUUAUAUUGACGAAUGUCCUGGGAACGGAGUUAGGAAGAAAAUACAUAAAGACCUCAUCUCUAACUGAGGCCAGUUUGGGUGAUACAGACAACUUGCAAUCAGAACAGCUUUCUUCAUCAUCUGAUGGCAGCCUAGAAUCUUGUCAAAAUCUAAAUCCUCACAAGAGCUCCUUUUUAUCUGAAAGGGGUUCACAACCAAGUAAGACAGUAGAUAAUAAUUAUGCAAAGCAGCCUUCACACACUAAAGAAAAGCAAAAAGAUGAUGAUGGCAUUUCUCUUGUAAUGUCUGAUGCUCAACCUAAAGACCUCAGUAGUGGAAGUAGAGGUUGUGAUCAUCUUGAAGAGGGGAGCAAAAAUAAGGAUGAUACAUUUUCUGAUUCCAAAAUGGAACCCACUCUGACUUCCAGGAAGAGAAAGAAAAGGCUUAGAAGUAAUUUACCUGAAUCUCAUAAUUCUACUUCUUUGUACGAGUCAGCAGAACAGAUAAUAAAACAAGAAAAUGACUCCAUAGUAUCUGCUGAAUUUAAAAAGUCAAGUGAAAACUAUCAUCAAGACUCAAAAAUGCUUGAAGAAAUUACACCUGAACCUGUAGAAAGCGAUUUUGCUAAACUGUCCUCACUUGAUAGUCAGGAGUUGGCUUUGAGUGCUCCUCCCAAAAGUGCCUCUGACUCUACAACCACUGAAACUUUUGAGAAUUCUAUUUCCACUGAUACCAUGGGGAAGUCUACCCUGGUUGAGAAGAAUGAGAGUGAGUUGAAUGUAACAGAAAAGCCUGCUUUAAGUGAACACAAUGAAGGGAACCAGUCUUUGAUGUCAGUUGAACCAAUUGUUGUUUCUAGUGAUGAAGAAGGACCUGUUGAACAUAAAAGUUCAGAAAUUCUUAAAUUACAACCUAAGCAAGACCAUGUCAUCACUAAUGAAAAUGAGAGUACUUCUGAAUCAGCUUUGUCAGAACUGCCAUUGAUGACGUGUGAAUCUGUACAGGCUUCAACUGAAUUAUGUCCUUAUAAUCCUGUCAUGGAAAACGUUGCCUGUAUUUUACCUAGUAAUGAGAUGGAUCUACAACUGGAUUUUAUAUUUACUUCUGUUUAUAUUGGUAAAAUAAAAGGAGCUUCUAAAGGUUGUGUUACAUUCACCACAAAGUAUGUUAAGAUCCCAUUUCAAGUGUCCCUGAAUGAGGUUUCAUUGCUAGUGGAUACCACACAUUUAAAGAGGUUUGGGUUAUGGAAAAAUAAAGAUGAUGAUCACAGUAAAAGGAGUCAUGCUAUCCUUUUUCUCUGGGUCUCUGCAAAUUACCUUCAAGAGAUUCAGACCCAACUAGAAAACUCCAUAUUAAGCCAGCACUCAAAAUCCAGUGAAUUCAUUUUCCUUGAGCUAUACAAUCCUAUUUCACAAAGAGAAGAAUUGAAAUUGAAAGAUAUAAUGACAGAAAUAAGUACCACCAGUGGAGAACUGGAACUUUCUUAUCCAUUGUCUUGGUUUCAGGCACUUCCUUUAUUUCAGAAUCUCUCUUCGAAAGAAAGUUCUUUUAUUCAUUAUUAUUGUGCUUCGACUUACUCUUUUCCUGCUGUUGCAGCGGAAGAAAUGAAGAUGAAAUCAGUUUCUCAGCCUUCAAAUAUGGAUAGAACCAAGCCUACUUACACCUUCCUGCAGAAGCAAAGUAGUGGUUGCUACUCACUUUCUAUUACAUCUAAUCCAGAUGAAGAAUGGCGAGAAGUCAGGCACACUGGACCUGUUCAGAAGUUGAUUGUAUAUCCUCCACCACCUACUAAAGGGGGAUUAGGAGUAACUAAUGAAGAUCUGGAAUGCUUAGAAGAAGGAGAGUUUCUUAAUGAUGUAAUCAUUGAUUUCUACCUUAAGUAUCUUAUAUUGGAAAAGGCAUCGGAUGAACUUGUUGAACGAAGUCACAUAUUUAGUAGCUUUUUCUAUAAAUGCUUGACAAGAAAGGAAAAUAAUUUAACUGAAGAUAAUCCAAAUCUUUCAAUGGCCCAGAGAAGACAUAAAAGAGUAAGAACAUGGACUCGUCACAUAAACAUCUUUAACAAAGACUACAUCUUUGUGCCUGUAAAUGAGUCGUCUCAUUGGUAUCUUGCUGUCAUUUGUUUUCCAUGGUUAGAAGAAGCUGUAUAUGAAGAUUUUCCACAAACUGUAUCCCAGCACUCCCAGACUCAGCAGUCUCAGCAAGACAACAAAACAACAGAUAAUGAUGUACAUACUACUUCAACACUGUCCUUGGGCACAGAGGAUUCCCAAAGUACCGAGACAAAUCUAUCAGUACCAGUACCAAAGAAAAUGUGUAAAAGACCAUGCAUUCUCAUACUAGAUUCCUUGAAAGCUGCUUCUAUACAAAACACAGUUCAGAAUUUACGAGAGUAUUUAGAAGUAGAGUGGGAAGUGAAACGAAAAACUCACCGUGAAUUCAGCAAAACAAACAUGGUGGACCUAUGUCCUAAAGUUCCUAAACAAGAUAAUAGCAGUGAUUGUGGAGUAUAUUUACUGCAAUAUGUGGAGAGCUUCUUUCAGGAUCCUAUUGUUAAUUUUGAACUUCCAAUUCAUUUGGAGAAAUGGUUUCCUCGUCAUGUAAUAAAGACCAAACGGGAAGAUAUUCGAGAGCUCAUUUUGAAACUUCAUUUACAGCAACAGAAGGGCAGCAGUAGCUAGUUAAUCUGUACAAACAUGACACAGAUGUUCUUUAAGAUUACUGGAAAGCCGCUUACCAGCAUUUGUGUUAGUCCGCUCACAGAGAAGAAAAUAACUUGUGGUAGUUUUAUAAGUCAUUGAACAUUAUUUAAAAUAAGAUAUAAUAUUAGAUCGUUGGGGUCUCAUAGAUGCAGUGGAAAAUGGUGGUAAUAUAGAGAAACCUAUUAGAAAUUAAAAUUUCUUAAAUAUUUGAUAUUUUUCUGGUUAAAUAUGCUUCUGAUUAUGCAAUAGCAUAUGUAAAUGCGGGAACGUUUUUGUAGAUAAUAAAACUGUGUGAUCUGUACUUCCAUAUAACUGGGAGUUGAGGGAAGUUAGGUCCUCCCUGGUGCCAGCCCCAGUGCUUGUCACAUUUGUUGACAAGUCACAUUAUCUUGUAAUCCUAUUCUUUGCGGCUCUAGCAUGCAAUAUGAAUACUAUGUAUUUUUUUUAAAGAAGAAUUUAGUAUUAAGGCUUCAGAAAAUGCCAUUUACGGCAUCCCUUCUAAAUAGUGUAAAAAAAAGACAUGAUGUUAGGAAGAUGAUUAAAAUCAACUCUUUCAAAGCGCAGCUUAUUUUUCUCAGUUGCUAAACGAAAUUGUUACUCUGGUGUGAUUGUUACAUGUUUUCUUUUUCUUUUCUCGUCAUAUAUGGGGAUCUGGGAAUUUAGUUCAUUCGUUUAGAAUGAAAUUUGGAACAAAAAAAAUUUAGCUACCCAAAAGAGGUUUUUAAAAAUUACAUAUAUAGCUCAACUUAGUUCUUUGAGGUAAUAGCUAUAUAAAUAUUGACUUCUAUUCUCAUAUGCUAGAAUACAUGUACACACUUUCUGUAAGUAUGAAAGAUAAAAUUGAUUUCCUCAUAACUUUAAUUAAAAAUAUCCUUAAAAUCUUAUUUAUUAAUUGUUAGAACUAAAUAUAUAAUUUUAUAGCUAUUUACCCAGUAUUUAUCUGCAAAGCCGGAUUGCCUGAAUUGCUUUUAUAUUUUUAAAUUGUAGUUUUUAGAGACUUCUGAUCCCUAUGAAGCAUAAGUUUUGAUUAAAGGUUCAGGUAAAAGUUUUGAAUUCAUGUGAUGAUAGUGGUAUUAUAUAUGAUUAAAACUUCACAACCUUUUAAUGUUAUCAGGAAAAUUUUGAGGGGACAAUUAUAUUGUAUUUUCUCAGAUAAAAAACAUGUUUUUUAAGGAUAUUAUUUUAAUCUUCUGUUUUAAGUAUCUCUUGGAUUUAUAUUAUUAAAUGUAUAUAUAGCAGUGAAGCAAAGGCAAUUUAAGAUAAAGCUAAAAUUUUAUUUCAAAAUCAUGUGAAUUUGAAGUUGUCAGUUAAGCCUCAGUAUUUUUCAAUUUUCGUUAAUCUUGUCACCAUCUUUAUAUUGUUAAAUAUUUGUCUUUUGGAGAUUUCUCAUAAAGAUGGUUAUAAUUACAUGUUUUCAUUCCCAGUAUGUGUGUGUAUGGGAGGGGAUUUAAAAAAUGACUGUUAAUUAUUUUGUACAUCUAACUUUGGGAAACCAAGUAUGUAAUACAUCUUCUUAUGACUUCUUAACUUUUUUGUUUGUAUGUUUUCCAAAGGUAACACUGUCUUUUAUCAUGUUUUGAAUAUUGUUUAAAAUUCAUUUUCCUAAAUUCAUGUGGAAAUAAUGUGUUGAGAAUAUCAACAUUUUAUAUUAAACAUGUUUCCAAUUCA